GUGAUUUUGAAUUAGCUACAUUGUAUCCUACUAGUUACUGCCUUGGAACGUCUCGUUAGGUAACAUAGAGGUAAAAAUUUAAAUCUGACAGGGGCUACUGACACUAUUAAUUGUUUACAAACAAUGAAAUCAUGGGUUGCCCCAAAUUUUUGUCGGUUUUAUUAACUAUUCUCAUUGUUAUUGCAUCUUACAUUUUUUAUCAACCUGGAACUUCAGUUCCAGGUUUAUUAGAAGCCACUGAAUUUUGGAAUAAUUUUGUUGCUCAUUUUAGAACAGUUGAUCAGUUAGUACCAAAAGAUGAUUCUAAUAAUAAUUCUGUUGACCAGAAUUCGGAAUUGCUGUUUACUGUUAAUGAACUGAAACAGUUUUCUGGAGAGAAAUCAGACAAAAUUUAUCUUUCUAUUUUGGGGAAAGUUUUUGAUGUUACUGAAGGUAAAAAAUAUUAUGGAAUAGGUGAAGGCUAUCAUGGAUUUGCAGGAAGGGACGCAAGUAAAGCAUUCAUCACUGGUGAUUUCACUGAGCAAGGAUUAAUUGAUGAUAUUAGUGAUCUUACCUUAAAUGAACUGAGUGACUUAAAAGAAUGGGUACUAAAGUAUGAAAAGGAUUAUAUCUACAAAGGGAAACUUAUUGGAAGAUUUUAUGAUAAGAAUGGAGAACCAACUAAAUACCUUAAAGACAUAGAAAAUAAAUUGCCACUUCUUUACGCUCAGAAGAAAAAUGAUGAAUUUUACAAAAUAAAUUAUCCACCUUGUAAUGCGGAGUGGACCCCUUCGACUGGAUCUAGAGUAUGGUGCUCUCAUCUCAGUGGUGGAAUAAAAAGAGACUGGAUUGGGUUUCCACGUAAAUUUCAUCAACCUGGUUCAGGUGUUACCAGAUGUGCAUGUGUCAACUUAAGGAGUGAAGAAAGCAAGAAUCUAGGAAAUUUUGAAGUUUAUGAAAAUUGUGAUCCUUAUGCUGUUUCUUGUUAUCUGAAACAGUCAUGAUUAAUUAUAAUUUAUAAGUUUUAAGUUUAAAGAAAACUAUGAUAAUUAAUUCAUAUUUGGAGUUUAUAUGUUCCUAUAUUUUUGGAGAAGGGUAAAGCACUGGACAAACCACUCCUGGUCCCAGGCUCAAGUCUAGCUGUAGCAGAUAUGUUAUCUUUUCUGCUAAUAAAUAAUAAUAAAGUAGUCAAUCGACUCCUGGACCAAACCUAGACUUUAUGAAAUGGAUAUCUGAUCCUUCACUGGGUUCGGGAAUGAACCUGAAAGUUAAGCAUGGAUAGCAGCCUAUCUGACAGUUGGUCAAGAAACUGUACUUUCUUCCCAUUUAUUUUUUUAUAUAUAUACUAGAUUAUUAUAUGUAUUAUUUAUUUUUUGUUAUAAAUGCCUUCAUAGAAAUAUGAACAGAAGUUAAACACCCACAAUCUAAGGAUCUAUUCCAUAAUAGUUGAUAGUUUUUGUAAUUAUUAAUGUUUUUUAUAUAUCAAUCUUAAGUUACAUUUUUAAUGAUAAUUAUUUGUACUUAUAAAUAUUUAUAUUUAGUAUUAUUUAAUAUUGUUAUAUUUUAUUUUUAUUUUAAAUAUAUAGUACAUGAUUAUGUAAACUUUUAUUUAUUUUUUAUUAAAUAUUCAGUAAUGACUGUAAUUUUUUCUCCGAGUUAUCCUAGAUGUGCUUUAUAUUAUUUUCUCCCCAAUAUUUCUAUAUUUCAUGUCUCCUUGAAGACCACUCAAAUGUUUGGGCAGGGAAAAUAAUAUAUUCUCUGGAAAAAGGGAGGGUAGGUAAUGAAUAACUAUGGCACCUUUUAAAAAAUGUGUUAAUUUUAUAAUAUAAAUACAAUAUUUUGAAAGUAAACAAUUUUUUUUUAUUCAAAUAUUAUUAAAAUUGUAUGGCAUUAGUGUAGAAGUUGGAAUGGAUGGUAUAAAUAAAGUUAUGCUCUACCCCACUGCAUGAGCUUCAACAUAACACUGUUAAGUUUCAGUAAUUAUUGCAUCCUUGGGAGCUAUGCAUGUUUACGCAUCACUGUGGCUUUGUCAUCAAGGGAUCUCUUAGAGUACUGUUUACUCCAUUACAAGUAAGAAGACAAGCAUGGUUCUCUAGAUGGUGUGAAACUUUUUCUUGAGUAUGAUUGUAUUUGAGAAAUUUAUUUUAAAUAAAUAAAAUUUUAACUUUUGAACCAAUUUAUAUGUGCAAGUAAAUUUAUCUGCAGAGUAGAAUCAAGAAUAGCUUUGUAAGAGGAUUCUGGAACAUUUAGUUUUCCAUUAUUAAGUAGAGUUAGAUUGGCUCUUCACCUCCUUUUGUAAACAAUAUUUCCUAGGUACAUUCUUUUAAAAAACAAUACACUAUAUGUCUAAGUCUAAGAUGAAUAUUUGGAAUACCUACUCUAAUAAAUAAAUGUUACCAAAGUAAAUUAUUAAUCACAUUUUUUAAAAUACUAAAUAGGAGAGAGAUAUUCUGUUGAUUAAUUUAUAACUUUUUAUAUAAGAAUAUCUCAAAAGAUUAAGAUCACAACACUAUACUUAAUAAAGAAAACAAUUUUCAUUAAUAGAAAAGUUUAUUAUAGUUUCAAUGUGAAAUAGCAAUUUUAUUACAGGGUAGCAUAUGACAGGUUGUUAUAGAAACAUGAUUAUGAUACAACUUCUUAUAUUUAUUGGGGUAAAGCUGCAGUAUUUACAGAUCCAGUAACGAUUAAAAUAAAUUUUAAAUGCAUUCAACUCACUAAAUUAAACCAAUUAACCAUAAAUAAUAGGUUUUGUAAACCAAUACAAAAAUAAGAAAAAUUAUAUAAAUGACCUUAAUACUAGUAAUUAAAAAAAAUAAUGACAUUUGGAAAUGAUUCAAUGAUAUAUUCUUUUUAAAAAAAUGUACAGUCUUUGUAAAUGUAAAGUCUGAAAUUAACUAAAAUUACUUUUAUAAACAUUUAAAUGCUACACAAUUUAAUGUCAUAAACUGAUCCUCUUCAGUCUUUAAAUUUUCUGGUUAAUACAAAAAUACUAGCAACAUAUUAAAAGGAUUACUUGAAAAUAAAAGAAAACUCCUGAAGGAAUGAUUUCUAAGUUAAAAUAAUAAACAUUAAACUUGGCAUUAUUGAUCCAAAUUUAUUGAUUGAACAAAGAAAAUAAACAACUCAGGUUUAUAAAUCCAUUUUCCAAAAUUGUCUUUGAACCUCUUGAACACGAGCUUCGGCAAUGCGAUCUAAAAUUUUUUUUGCUUUAGCUUUACGUUUUUUUAAUUUGGCUUUAGAUACAAACUGUGAAAAAGAUAUAGCUCUUUUGGCUUUUGAAACACUAAUUAAUACAACUUUUCCAUUUUCUUUAAUAGGUUCUUCAAAAAUAGUUUCUAGAUGUUGACGCUUAAAAGGGCCUUUUCCCUUAAUUACAUUGUGAAGAACUUUUUUAAUAUUCCCUUCUAUAUCAGUACAGGGUCUUUUGUGAGGUCUCAAAUUGAAUCUUCUAUUAACUUGUUUCUCGCAUGGUGUUGAUGGGGCACUGAAACUUUCUUUAACAUCCACAGUUUCAUUAUUUUCUUCUUCAGGAAUUUCAUUAAUUGUCUGUAAUUGUGUUUGAGAAGUUUCUGGAAAUACCUCUUGAAAUUCAACAUCCAUUUUUAGACCUUCCAAAUACCUUUAUCCUGGAACAAAAAUUAAUCA